AUGUCACAACCACUGGAAAAACAAUCGAAACACGAUCCGGCCAUUGGGGAAAAGGAUGCCGGAGUCCACGUCGGGAUCGACGGACAGUACCAGGUCGAUGCGGAAGAUCCCGUGUACAAGGACUCGCAACGAACUUGGAAAUCCUUUUUCUGGUCAACCCUCGAUGUCCCGAAAGAUGAAGCCCGGUUUCUGACCAAGCUUGACCUGACACUGAUCUCGUCGUCUGCCCUGGGUGUCAUGUGUCGCUAUCUGGAUCAGGUCAACAUCACCAACGCCUUCAACAGCGGUAUGAAGGAAGAUCUUGCGCUGUACGGCAAAGAACUCAAUUACGCCAAUGCUAUUUGGAGUGCAGCAUACGUCUUUGGACAGGUCCCGUCAAACCUGCUUCUCACCCGAGUCAACGCUCCGCUUUACAUCGCCUUUCUUGAGUUUGCGUGGACUGUUUUCACCUUUGCCACUGCUGGCGUCAAAGACGUCAACCAACUCUACGUGUUCCGUUUCUUUGUUGGCUUGUUCGAGGCCGGGCACUUUCCGGCCGUCAUGUACGUGUGCUCGAGCUAUUACAAACCCCACGAGCUGGCCCGACGGAAUACCUUAAUCCAGAUAUUUACAUCCGUGGGGCCUCUGUUUUCUGGCUUUCUGAUGGCUGCGGUGCACGCGGGCCUUGACGGAGCCAGCGGCCUGCCUGGAUGGCGAUGGAUGUACAUCGUCUGCGGAUGCAUCUCGCUUCCAUGCGCAGUUUGGACUGCGUUCGCAAUGCCUCAGCUUCCUUCCCGUGCAAAGGCCAACUGGAUCUUUACCGAGAAAGAAAUCGAGCUCGCCCGUGCCAGAAUGCCGACCGAGACCAAGCCUUUCACCGGUCUCUUCAAGUGGAAAGACAUACGCCGCUGGCACACGACUUGGCACGUGUACCUUUUCCCUCUGUUCUUUGCAUUCCUGACGCAAGUGGGCCAGUCUGGAGGAUCCAUGAUAUUCUGGGUCAAGAGCUACAAUACACCCGGAAAGCCGGCCGUGUUCUCGGUAGCUGAGAUCAACAUCAUUCCUCUUGGUAUCAACAUCAUCUCCAUCGUCUGUACCCUCAUCAACUCUUGGGUAUCCGACAGCUUGCCUGGAGCGGCGCGGUGGCCUGGUAUGCUGUUCGCGAGCGUCAUGGCCAUCAUCUUCCCAAUCGCCCUGGCCGCAACGCCCGUCCAUCCUCCCAACAUUGCAACUCGUUGGACCUUGUAUUACCUCACUGCCCUUUCCGGUACGUGUGCGGGUCUUACGUGGACAUGGGUGAACGAGACGAAUCGACACGAUCCCGAGAAGCGGGCAUACGUUUCUGCUUUGAUGAACGCGUUUGCUUACAUCUUCACCGCUUGGGUUCCGAUUUUCACCUUCCCUGCCAAUCUUCAGCCGUACAUCGUAACCGGUAACUACAUCACGGCUGGAUUCGGUGCCGCUGCAGCGAUAACAGUUCUCGUCAUCCGUCGCUUUUACAACCGGGAUCUCCAAAGGAAGCAGAUCCUCAAGGUCUAG